GUUCUUCUCCGCACGGAUCCAGCGGCGACGCCACCGCCGCGCUGGCGGCCAAUGCCGGGCGACCGCCGCCGGUGUGGGUUCGCCAUCAUUUAGUCUCUACGCCAGAGAGUGGGUGGAACUGGAUCACCGAGGCUCCCUUCGACCUAAAGUGUUCGCCUUCCUUUGCCCGGCGAUGGACAUGAUGGUCCCGACGCGGGGGCCAGCGGGUUGGGAGGAGUCGUGAGAGUGAGGGGGGAGGGCGAUGGGGGUGAUGGAGAGGUAGAGGGCAGCAAGGAAGGCGGAAUGGGCAAGGUGAUAAAGAUGAGCAAGAAGCCGUGGUCGGCGACUACCCGCUUGGCGAUCUCGGCCAGGGGGAUCCAGUGGUUUUUGCCAGGGGCGGCAGGACGGCGACGUGCUUCGCCAUGACCUGGAGGACACCGCGGCAGAACGCCUCGAGCUCGCCGCCGCUGUGCGCGAUGACCUGCUCUACUCCGGCUACAAUAGCAUCCGAGUUGUCCAGUUAUGGUCUCUAUACGCCUCAAGAAAUCGGUGAAUCUACGUAGCGACGACCGCUAUUCGCCACCGGCGCAGCGGUGGUGGUGUCGUCAGAUCCGUUCGGAGAAGAACGGAGAGGGAGAAAAGAGGAAGGAGACGCGUAUUUCUCCGUCUUGGAUGGCGGGACCCGCAUCCAUCAGCCAUUGCGGAGCUUGCAGCUGUGCGGCCCGGUCUGGUUCUGUCUUGGGGGAAACGGCUGACUGUAGAAGGAUCCACUUCUAUUUCUUUUGACCGCGAAGACUAUUGGAGCCUGCCGCGCUUCCGUGUUCCUUCCUUCCUUCCUCCGCGGCCAGCUCCGAACCGUAAAACUAACCCUAGAAGAAAAAGGGGAGAAAAUCUACCAAGCUUCUUCCUCAAUUCCUGGAGAUCUGAGUUCGAUCUCAUCUGUGCAAAGGUGAAAUUUUUAUUAACUCUUGUUUAAAGCAUGGAAGCUGUGGGAUCUGGAGUUCCCCACCUCAAAGUCUCUGGUUUUUGUCGCCGAAGAACUAACAAUUGCCCGGAAUUGUCACUCCAUAGGAUGAGGGCUUUCACAUGCAAUGCCAUAUCUACCUUCCCUUGUUUUGGGGAAGAUUCACAACGAAGCAAGCAACCAUUGGAGAUAGUUUCAGUCGCACACCAUGCCUCAGCUGAUAGCAGUGGCAAUUUUACCAAAUUAUCUUUCCAGGCGCCAAUUAAGAACCGACAUCUAGUUGGAAAAACAUUCUUUUCCAAGGAAGCAUGUGCUUUUGAUGAAAAAGUUAUGGGAAUGCCUCUGGGUAUUGCACAAGACAGGGUUGGGGUGCUACUAUUGAACCUUGGUGGUCCAGAGACCCUUCAUGAUGUUCAGCCAUUUCUAUUCAAUUUAUUUGCUGAUCCAGAUAUAAUACGGUUGCCAAGGUUGUUUCGGUUUCUUCAGCGACCAUUAGCCCAACUAAUAUCCAUGCUGAGAGCUCCAAAGAGUAAAGAGGGAUAUGCUGCUAUCGGUGGUGGGUCACCUUUACGAAGAAUCACGGAUGAGCAGGCACAUGCGCUGAAACUAGCUCUGGAAGAGAAGAACUUGCAUGCAAAUGUUUAUGUUGCAAUGCGAUAUUGGCACCCCUUCACCGAGGACGCCAUUCGUCUGAUUAAAAAGGAUAACAUUACGAAGCUUGUCAUUCUACCACUGUAUCCUCAAUUCUCCAUAUCUACGAGUGGGUCAAGCAUCCGUCGUCUUCAGGGUAUCUUCAGGGAAGAUGCUUACUUUGCAAGAUUGCCAGUUUCUAUCAUUGAAUCAUGGUAUCAACGAGAAGGUUAUAUCAAAUCAAUGGCUGACUUGAUAGAGAAAGAGCUAUUAGGCUUCUCUAAGCCUGAAGAGGUUACGAUAUUCUUCAGUGCUCAUGGAGUCCCACUCAGCUACGUGGAGGAUGCAGGAGAUCCUUACAAAGAUCAAAUGGAGGAGUGUAUCGCUUUGAUCAUGGAUGAGUUAAAAUCUAGAGGAAUUGCCAACCACCAUACCCUUGCUUAUCAGAGCCGAGUUGGGCCCAUUCAGUGGUUGAAGCCUUAUACCGACGAAGUUAUAGUUGAGCUUGGUCAGAAAGGUGUGAAAAGUCUUAUGGUUGUUCCUAUAAGCUUUGUCAGUGAGCAUAUUGAAACUUUGGAAGAAAUCGACAUGGAGUACAAGCAUUUGGCUCUACAGUCAGGCAUCGAGAAUUGGGGCAGGGUACCAGCCCUAGGUUGCACCUCUUCUUUCAUCUCAGAUCUAGCAGAUGCAGUCAUAGAAGCUCUCCCUUUUGCUUCUAGCAUGUCAAGUGCAAAGGACACAUCCAAAGAUGCCGACAUGGACCCAGUGCAAUAUGCAAUCAAAAUGUUCUUCGGGUCAAUCUUAGCCUUUAUUUUGCUGCUGUCACCUAAACUGUUCUCUGCAUUCAAAAAUUCUGUCAUCUAAGUUUUUUGUUGCAUGGUCAGUCUUUCCUCAUUCUAUUACGAAAACUUAAAGUGAUUGCAGUUGAUUGUUGUAAUAACAAACUCCUAAGAAAUUUUGAAUGAAAAUAUAGAUGGUGUAAAAGGGUUUACAGUGUCUUUGCUCA